AUGACUGGACGUGGUGGCCGCGGUGGAGGAAAGGUUCUCCUUCCUCCGAUUAACUUCAUUUUCAAGCUUCUACAAUCACGGGCGACCAUCUCGGUAUGGUUGUACGAAAACUUGGGCAUGCGCAUUGAGGGAAAGCUGAGGGGUUUUGACGAAUUUAUGAACCUCGUUAUCGACGACGCCAUUGAAGUCACCCUCGCAAAGAAGGACGCGCCAGAGGAGAGGCGCAAAGUCGGCCAGAUCCUGUUGAAGGGCGACAACAUCUCUCUCAUCCAGCAGCUCCAAUAA